AUGUCACCAUCGAGGUACCGUAGUCGCAACCGCCCAGCGCCAGCGGCCUUGGUUGCAUGCGGCAGCACGCGCCGACGGCCGAGGGUCGCCGAUGCCGAUGCCGCCAUUACCAGGGACGCAUCCCCGUGGGCGUCACUGCAGGAGGAGCUGUUGGACCUGAUCGCGUGGCGGGUGCUGGCGGUUGACUUGCGGGGCUACAUCCGGUUCCGCGCUGUGUGCGCAUACUGGCGCUCCAGCACCACCUGCCCGCGCGGCCGCGGCAUCGUCGACCGGCGCUUCCACCCACGGCAGUGGAUGCUGCUGCCCGAGGGCCACGGCCUCUACCCGGGCCACGACAACCUGCAGGGGUUCGUCCGCUUCUUCAACCUCUCAACGGGGGCGUUCGUCCGCGUCCACCUCCCGCUCUUGAGUGACCACUGCGUCCUCGACUCAAUCGACGGUAUCCUGCUGCUGCUGCGGGACCACGACACCAUCGUCCGCCUCCUCCACCCAUUCACGGGCGACAUCCUCGGCUUCCCGCCUCUCAAGACCCUCCUGAGUUCUGUGAUCGGCUCGACAUCGUUGGAAAGCAAGUGGCACAGGUGGUGCAAUAUCAAAAAUAUCAAUGCUGCCGCCAUGACCGUGGACGCGGAUGAAGUCGUCUUGCUCAUGAUUUUGGGGGCUUACGGUUGGAGUAAUGUGGCCUUUGCUACCUCCGGGCAACGACAAUGGAGUGUAUCAAGCUCGCUCAACCGCCGAAGUUGUAGUCCAUUCUCGUUCCAAGGCAAGAUAUAUAGGGUGCGCUAUAACAAAACUUUCACCGAAUCAGAGGUCCUACAGAUCGGCCCACCUCAGCUAGAAGGGAUGGAACCCUAUCUGCCACCACCAAACGUGAUUGCCAUAUGUCCGGCGAGCACACCUGGCACCACUUAUUUGUACCAUCUGGUAGAAUGCUCCCAAGACAUUCUGGUGGUCAGUAUAAGCCAUAAUUAUAAGAAGGUUUCAGUUUACAAACUAGCUGACCUUAUGCUGGGAAGAGCCGUCCCGACGACAUGCAUUGGUGGCAAAACCCUCUUCAUGGAAGGAAGGACGUUGUGCGUCAGUUCUAAGGCGUUUCCUACCAUCAUGGGUGUCACCAUUGUCUUUUUCGACUGUCGGAAACAUAAUCUUGCUCAAUACCACCUCGGCAGCGGCACAUUGUCGCCAGCAAUAGAUAUAUCUAUGUAUAAUAUGUCAGGUCCUUGUAGCAUCAUUUGCCAUAUAUACACAUGUUGCUUUAGUAAAAGAUGGAACAAAGGAGAAAUAGCAUGUCGGGGGCAGGAGGACAAGUGGCAGGUGAAGGAAAAGUGA